CCCGCCUUCUAGCUCUCAGUCACUUACUACCUCACCUGCUACACAUCAUCUUCAUAGACCGGCACAGGUCUAUUCUUGCCAGUUUACCCCUUGGGUGAAAAUAAGCUUUCGUAGACUUUUCCUUCAUCUCCCCCUCUAUCAAUAUGAAUCCCCACCAGCAGAACAAAGUCGAUACUGCCUCCCUAUCCCCCGAUGAGCAACGCCUAUUGCGCCUCUACGGAAAGAUGCCCACCAAGAAGGAUCUCUUGCAGAAUAAAUUAAAGGAGCGGAAGUACUUCGAUUCAGGUGAUUACGCCCUGAGCAAGGCCGGCAAGGCCUCUGAUGUGGGUGUCACCAAUAUUGGUUCUCAGCACCCUGUCCCCGAAAAUAUCCCUCAUUUGACGGCUACCUCUCCUGGGACGAAUAACCCAGCAGCCACCAGCAAUGGUGGCAGUAUCAACUCUCAAGGACAGCAGAUACAUGGCAGCAUCAGUGGGCACCCGGCGUCCAUUGGUUUUCAAAGCCGCAGCCCGGUGAAAGAAGGGAGCUAUCUACAACGCGGAACUAGCGCUGAUGAAUCCGAGGGUAAUACCGCUGCACUUAAAGAUGCAAAGGAACCCAGCGUGAGUCCGCCCCCUGCUCGCAGUGGCGUUCCAAUCCGGCGAUAAUCGGCCUUUGGCUCAUAUUCUCUUCUGAUACUCCCCCUCCUUUGCUGUUUGUUGCAUCAUCAUCAUCGUCCAUGUUUGUUUUCGGUUUUUGUUGCCCUGCGCGGUGAUGGUCACAUAAAAAAGAGCCUGGCGCUAUGGUUUUGUGUUCCAUGAUGUCGUCACGAAGCUACCU